AUUUACCGCGCACCGUCUAAUCGAUUCCUCAGUGGCAUUCGUGGCAACCCCCGUCGGCCGGGAGUCCCUGCGCUCCCGUGAGCUCUUCGCUGCUGCUCCUGCUGCUACUGCUGCUGCUCCUGCUGCUGCUGUUGUUUAUUAUUAACACGACAUGUCGCUGGCGACGUUGUGCCGCCGCUUGCUCCCCCUGCUUCUGCUGCUGUUGCUGCUGCGUGGCCGUGCGGCCGCCUACUUCUCGGAGGAGAGGAGCGUGCCCGAAUCUGGUCCCCGACCGCCCACGGUGCUGCUGGCCCUGCUGGCGAGGAACGCCGCUCGCAGCCUCCCCUACGCCCUGGGCUGCGUGGAGAGGUUGGACUACCCCAAGGACCGCAUGGCACUCUGGGUGGCUACGGACCACAACAUCGACAACACGACUGCGGUGCUCAUGGAGUGGCUGGUGGGCGUGCAGAAGAUGUACCACUACGUGGAGUGGAGGCCCUUGGCAGAACCCCUGUCGUACCUCGACGAGGUGGGCCCCAAGCACUGGUCAGCGUCGCGCUACGAGUACGUCAUGAAGCUCAGGCAGGGCGCCCUCAACACGGCGCGCGAGAGAUGGGCCGACUACAUCUUCUUCAUGGACGUUGACAAUUUCCUGCUGAACGAGAAGACGCUGUCAUUCCUCGUGGGCCAGAACCGCACCAUCGUGGCGCCCAUGCUGGACUCGCGCACUGCCUACUCCAACUACUGGAGCGCCAUGACCGAUCAGGGCUACUACAAGAGGGCGCCCGAGUACCUGCCUGUGCGGGAGCGGGAGCGUCUCGGCUGCUUCCGCGUGCCCAUGGUGCACUCGACGUUCCUGAUCGACUUGCGUCGCGAGGCGUCGCGCCUCAUCAACUUCUAUCCCCCGCCGCCCAACUACGCCUGGCCCUUCGACGACAUCAUCGUCUUCGCCGCCUCCUGCAAGCACUUCGGUGUGCCCAUGUACAUCUGUAACCAGCAUCGCUUCGGACAUCUGGUGGUGCCAGGGAAGGCAGAGAUCACGCUGCAGGACGAUGUGGACAUGUUCAUUCACACCCAUCUAGAGAUCAUGGUGGAAGAGCCUCCGAUGAAGCCAUCCCAGUACAUCCACAUGCCGGAGAGGGAGCUCGACAAGAUGGGCUUUGACGAGGUGUACAUGAUCAACCUGAAACGUCGUCCCGAGCGGCGGGACCGCAUGCUGCGGUCACUCGAAGAGCAGCAGAUCCAGUGCAAGGUGGUGGACGCGGUCGACGGGAAGGCACUCAACAAGAGUCAGAUCCGGGCACUGGGAGUGGACAUGCUGCCCGGCUACCACGACCCCUACUCUGGUCGCGUUCUCACCAAGGGAGAGAUCGGCUGCUUCUUGAGCCACUACGGCAUCUGGCAAGAGGUGGUGGGUCGUGGCCUCCCCAGUUCGCUGGUGCUGGAAGACGAUGUCCGCUUUGAGCCGUUCUUCCGCCACCGCCUGGAGAGGCUCAUUGCGGACGUCAAGAGCUUAAACCUCAACUGGGACCUGAUAUAUAUCGGCCGCAAGAAGAUGCAGAUCGACACCCCGGAGCGGUCCGUGAAGGACAUACGGAACCUGGUCUGGGCCGACUACUCGUACUGGACCCUGGCGUAUGCAGUGUCACUGCAGGGUGCGCGGAAGCUGCUGGCCGGGGAGCCGCUGGGCCGCAUGCUUCCCGUGGACGAGUACCUGCCCGUCAUGUUCAACAAGCAUCCCAUUAAGCAGUACCUCGAGUACUUUGAGCCGCGGGACCUGCGCGCGUUCUCGGCCGAGCCGCUGCUGGUCUACCCGACGCAGUACACGGGCGAGGCCAACUACGUGAGCGACACGGAGACCUCCACCAUCUGGGACGAUCGGGACGGCGCCGCGGCCCCCGACACCAACUGGGGGCCCUCGCCAAAGAUGGAGGGACCCGGGGCCAGCGGCGGCGCCGCCGAACAUUCGUCCGACGACGGAGGCGGCAACGGUGGCAACAAAGGGGAGGCCGACGAAGCCGGCGGCACCAAGGGUUGGGAGGCCAGCGGGGCCGCCGGAGUGGGGGCCGUGGGCGGCGGCUGGCCUGAGAGGGGGGCCGGCGUCGCGAAAGGCGGCGCCUUCGCCAAGGAGCUCGUCGACACACAGGCCGCUAGGAAAACCCUAGGUGGCGCCACGGACAUAGCCGACGCCACCGCCAGAGAUGAGCUGUAGCGGCAGCGGCGUGUACAGACAUCGUCGGCACGCGCACACACACACACACCCCUACACCUUUGCCGGAUCGCAUGGCAACAGGUGAUGCGCACAAGCGGCUUUGAUAUAUUUUUUUAAAACCUGUUGCUGCGAUGAAUUUGUUUUUCGCGUUUGUAUUGGUCUGGUGUGGAAGGAACCACUUGGGAUUUUAAGAAAGUACCUGGACAGUUUUGAUAAAAGUGGACUCAAGUCAGGGCUAUGAUGGCGACAGGGUUUCAGUUGCAGGUCAGUUAUACCUUGUGGCUUUAAAAAAAAAAUGUAGAAUUCUGAACUGACAUUUCCCCGGCUUGUGAAAAGGAUUGCUCAGGAGGGUCGUAAGAACACCUCGCGUUGUGCAUUUCAGGCCUGUCUGCUUCAAAUCUGUUGCAGGUGCUGUCACAGUAUUGUUCACUGUACAGCAGUUAUCUUGCCAGUCUGGUUGUGAUGUUGUAGUUUUGGUUGCAUGCGUAGCAUUUGCUGAAUCCAAGUAUUCUAAGAAAUUGAAUCCCUGUUCUUGCCUUUAAUGCUGAAGCCUCUAACGGCUAGCUGUUUCAUUAUUGCUUUUGGCAUCGUUUAUAGUGUCCUUUUAUUUUCACGUAGUUUUAGGAUGUCCGCUGUAUUAUUUGUAUAAACUGAAAACCAAUAUGCCUUAUUGUAAGAAUUUCCACCUUGUAACAUACAUUAGUAACUCCAUUAGCUUUAUAACAUUAUUUUGUACAGAUUGCAUCUUCAUUAAUACAAAUUAACUGCCUCUUGAUGUUUAACGCUAAUACUAUUAAACGCAUCUCAUUAUCUCUGUACUGCCAAGGGGCAUAUCAUUUUUAAAGGAUAUGGAAUAAAGUAAAGCAUGUGAGUACAUGUUCUAUACCCCAGUCGAAAGCUGCGUUUUCUCUCUGUAUAAACUGCCCUCCUAAUACAUCUAUGACGCCAUUAACAUCUCUAGGCAUAAGCUUUUCAACACUUUCUCGGCUAACUGCAUGCCAUAUCUCCUGAUUCACACUAACUUAAUAAACACUGAUGCCAUUGAAAAAAAAAACACUACUCAUUUGUUAAAAUGUGCACAUUUCGACACAAAAAACCCGGCAUGUGUUGCAUGUUUUUGCUUCACAACGUUAGGUUGUUGUUUCUCUCCGAUGAUUUUGGCUGGAGUUUCAGCAGUGAUUGCAAAAAUGCGCAGGCUAUACUACAUGACGAGACUAUGCUGUGCAUAUUACGUCAGUGGAGAUUUAUAAAAUAAUAAAUCGCGCCCUUUGCAGCUUGGUUCACGCUUUGGGCCUGCAUCAUAGUCUUGUUUUGCUGGUGCCGAUCGUCCGUGGUUGGGUUCCGCAGCUUUGAUUUGGUCGAUUUCCCCGCUUGCCGAUUGAAACGAUGGAUGUUCAUUUUUCAAAUGACCAACUAGAACGAGCCUUGCGUCACCGCAGCCCAGCUGAGCUGUACAUACAUUAGUCAAGUUCCUUGCCGCACUCCCCGACGUCCCUCUGUAUUAUCUUAUUGUAAGGAGUGGAGGCAGGGCCUUGGCAUGUGGUCUCGUUACUUGAAUAAAAUUGAUCAAGAGAAAUAAACUUGGACAAAUAUUUAAAUUUAUUUGCUACAGGAGGUUCACAAACUUACCAGCACUGCCCUAUGAUAUAAAUUGUUGAUGAAUAUUGAUAAUUUGCCGAAACAAUACGUGCUUUGAAUCGCGUAUAUAUAGGAUUCGGUGUGUUUUUUGGUUUGAAUACUUUGUAUGUAUCGUGUCCAUUUAAGACCACUCCAACCACUUGAGACUCGGUGACCACAACAAUAAUAAAACAAGAUUGGUUCUUAAAUUGAAUCACAACCUGGGCACGCGACAAUUCAUCGAAACAGAAGGCAGGGAUGAUCAUUAUUCCUAUACUGUGCUCAAUGCCUUAUCUACAAUUACAUUGUCAGUGGGAAUGCGGAAAGGCUUAUGUAAAAUACUGUAAUAUAAACACUAUGAAUCUGAUUUACUAGCUCUCCAAAUUGUGAUCACAAGGCUUCUGAGAAUAUCAAAUGCCGCUUAUGGUUAAAUCUAAGCAGAUCCUCAGUCUAGAUGUUAACAAUAGCUCUUUAUAAUGCCAUGUGAUUGCUGCAUAAAGCUGCCUCUAGGGUUCACAAUACUUUACUGAAGUAUAAUUUUGCUAAAAAAAAGUAGUUUUAACUUUCAGGAGAAGCUGGAUUUGAAUGCGUUUAUUUCAGCACAGUUCUGAUGUAAUCAACGCAAGCUUACAUAUUUGGUAAUGUAAGCUUGGUAGGGCGGAGGCAACGGGCAACUUUUGAUACAAGCACAUGUCGGAUAUCAGCAGGGCUGGACAUGCGUCCAAGAUGAUAGGUAAAGGUGCAGCCCUGCAGUUGCUUUCUCACCACUGCUGCGGAAGGGCCUCCGCCAGAGGGAGCUCUAGAGAGAGUAUUUGGCCUACUCUUCCACGCUGGACAGACGUUUUUGGAAGAAGUGGGGAGUACCCACAGUUUACCCCACAAAAUGCAACUCGCCAAUCGACGGAACUCCCAAUGGAUGUGUUUUUAUCCAGAUUCUGUUUUGACAGCAGUUCGGUUCAUACGUGGCCUUUGCAGUGUGUAUUUUACGUUCCAGGAACUAAUUUAGUCUUUACAUAACGAGGCGAGCAAAUGCGCACACAGGUGCUUCUUGGAUAAGCUAUGUAAAAAGUUAUUUGUUUUGCUACAAUUGUUGGAUUUAAAUAUUGGACAUCUAACUAUCAAACUUGAGAAACUAAAACAUACCUCUGAAAGAGAAGAAAAUAUCCUAGAGGACUUAAUAGCAAUAUGAAACAAUUACAUAACAUUGAGUCAUCUAUCGAGAUGUCUACGAUUUUGUUUUCUCGUAUGGCUGUUUAAGCUUUUUUUGUAAUAACAUAAAGUUGAUUGUUUUCGGUAUGCUCAAAUGAGCAUUAAAACAUGUUUUGUUCUUCCAGUAUUUUGUGUAAACAUUUAAUGAAAUAUGUACAUAAUUGUAUUUCCAAAGCGCUGGCUUUCAUAAUCUACAGCUUUAUCUCGAAAGUUGAAUCAGUGCUGCUUUGAAAUUUAUGUUAAAUAGCAUAUACACAUUUCUAUGCACUAGUCCUGUAUAACAUGCAUAACUUAUUUUUGUAUUAAUGCAGUGUACGCGUGUUUAUAACGCAUUUCUAUGCAUUAAUUGGGAAUUAAUGUAUGUUGAACUUCUUUCACACCGUACGUAGCCAACCAGCCUAAUCGGAGGUGCGGGGGAAGGACAACGGACUAAACACAAAAAGCAGUUCUAAAGAAAUGAGUUCUCAAUCUAGAUUUAAAAGUGCAUAGCUCCAGUGACUUCCUAACAGAACAUUGGCGAAUUCCAGCCAGUAAACGUUUCUAUAAUCACCAACCCAUGUUAAGCGGUCAAUGUCUCUCGCCCCAAUUUACUUGUGAAUGCCUAGUUAGCCUGUGUAGACAUCUAAAAUCCUGCAGGUGUCCCAAUCACUUUUUAAGUGUAAUUUUAAUCAGAUAAAAAUUCUCCCUCGGUCACAUUAAAUGUGUUUUUUUGUUUGUUCCCCAUUGAAUUCCUACAACUUAUAGAAUUCCUACAACUUCUUUUAUUUGUACAAAAGGAUGUUGUUGAAUUAUAGAAUGUGUGAUACAAUACGUCUACUCGACCAUUUAGUUUUUCACACGACAAGCAUACAUUUAUGUUCAAAAUUUGGUAGGUCCAUGCAGAUUCUUGGUUCUUUCGGUAAAGUUACGUAGAUAAGAAAAUAAAAAUUAAAUAGAAAUUGAAAAUUCGUGACCGAAAGAACUAAGAAUAUUAAUUCCUGCAGUCACGAAAGUUUUAAGUCAAAAUUAGGUCCAUUCAGCUUGGGGAUAUAAAAAAAAUGAAAUUCUCAGUUGGGUGUUGCUCCCGAAAAUUGAAUUGACGAAUGGUUGGACUUUGGGUGCCUGAGUAAAUCAGCGUAAAUUCUUUAUUUACAAAGAUGUAGAGCGGUGAACACGUUUUAAGAUUUAAGACUGCUUCUAGGGUACCAAAUUGAUGCAUUUUUUCGUUCAUACUCCGCGUGUGUUUUGUAUUUUAGGCUUGGUCUAUGAUAAGACCUCGAGUUUUUUUUUUUAGAAUGCACGCCCUUUUGAAGUCAUUUUGCAGCUUGUGAUAUGGAAAUGAGAUUACGGUUCAUUCCACAAGGCUGGCCCGAGCAGACGGGCAUGAAAAACCAUCAUCGUCAGCUGGAAAGAUGUGCGUUCAGAAGUCUCCGUCAUGAAAGUCAAUCGAGUUUGGUUGUCAGGACUGGCAGAAUGUGGUGCACGGUGCUUGGUUCAGAACAGAGUUUAUACAUUAUACAUGUGUUCUUCCAUCGACUGAGCGACAUGCUUGCCCGAGGCUGAGGUCGGACAAAAAAAAAAGCCGGCCAUGAGCACUUUACCAUUUCAAGUUAUUUUUCAUUUCUCCACAUGUUGAAUGUUGCUUGCAUGAUAAUUUCGCCGAUUGGUGAUUACGGCCAUGAAAUAUCCGGAAUGCACCCCCCCCCCCCUAAUCUUUUCGCACAUGUACCGUCUGAUGAGGUUACAAAUGGAACCGUCAGCGUUGGCAUGUCCGCUUUUAUUUUUUUGCAGAGCAGCUGGCUGUAGCGUGCUCGUGCAAAUUGGCUCCUCGGCAGUGGAGCGCAAUAGCGUCGUGCAUUUUAAAAAAGUAAUUAUUGUAAUGCAAUUACGUUUCUUUUACAUUUGCAUGCAUUUUUAUUUGUUGCUGUGACAAUGGCCAAAUUAUGUUAAAUUGAGAAUGGGGAAUAAGAGAAAGCAUUUUCAGCAAUUUUUUGCUGCCUCUGUGCAGUCACGCGAUCAGUGGUUUGCAGCAGUCGACCAUCCGCGGCUUUCAUUAUGACCUGAACGGUGCUGUACAUAUGACCUCUUUAUGAAUAAAUCUUGUUUAAACCCGA